CAAGUUUAAAGUUUUUUGCAAAUGAUUUUUGAUACUUGAUUACAUGAGGUAAACUAACCUUUGAAGGCAAACGUGUCGCCCAGUGUUGUCACAGUAAAGUAUGUUUUCCUAUUGCUUUUCCACACCGUCAAUUCACUUUUCCUAGCCACAAACUAGUAAGCUGAAUGUCGCUAAGCUCUCAUAGCUGGACGGUUACUUGAAAAACCUUUCAUUAACAAGACCCAAAUUAUGAAUGUCGCUCUGGCGAUGGCGACAACUGUCAAAACAGGCUGAGUGUUGAUGGCCGGACUUCAACGGGGUAUUUGCCUUAUAUAAUGCACUGGCAGUGAGCGCCAAUGAUUUACACAAAUUAUUUUGCAAUGUGCGUUGGCCAGUCGCUGCUUAAAGCCAUUGCUGGCUGUCUCGGCCAUCAGAAAUGCCCCUUGCCAGUGACGAAAGACCAGGGACCUUCCCCCUGAUGCCGCCUGUCGCCGUGAGCCUCAUCCUCAUCUCCAUCGGCAUUCCCACUCGCAUUCGCAUCAGCUUCGGCCUUCGGUCCACAGAUUGCCGCUUCCAGAUCCCUGUUACCAACGAGCGGCGACCGACAACCAGCUACCAUCAUCAUUGGCAACUUCAUCAUGCCGCUGGCCAUCGGGCUUUCCGGGGGCAGAUCUGGGUGGUGCUGUGGCUGCCCCCAGUGGGUGGUGGUGCACGUAACCCACUCUCAAUGCGUCGUCACUCACGUUGUGGCCUUAGGUUCCUGCCACCCAAAGAGAUCGGAGCGUGUCACGAAACAGAAACUGUUGUCUUCGGGAUGUUCAAGCCGUGAUUUCAAAAAUAAUAUUCAGAUGGUAA